AUGAAGUCCGCAUUGACUGCAGGGCUUGUGGCCUCUGCCUUGUUCGUGCAGCAGGCUGCUACGACGAGCUGGGGUGACCAACCAAGCUUCUCCAAUCCCGGCAACACCAACAAUAACUGUACCGUCGAUCAAGGUAAAGGUUUUGACUGGUCCAAGUUGCCCCCCGGUGGCUUCAACAACUACGACGGCUUCAACUUCGGUGGAUUUGAUUGCAAGGAUUCCUUUCAACCAAAGAACCGCAAGAGGUCCUUGGAAACUCGGACCGGCUUUCAGUCGAAAUGUAUUCAAGGCACCAUUCCCAAAGGUGGCAGCAGUGGACCGAAGAUCUCUUCGGGACAAGGCGACAAGUUCUCCAUCACCCAUUUUGACGUUUCUGUCGCGUUUGACACCGACAUUGACUUCAUCUUCUCCAUGCCUGAUGGCUCCAAAUGCAAGCAUACUUCUGCCUGCAAGGCUGGCGGCUCCACAGUGCAAAACUCGCAGUGCGGUGGUGCGCAUGAGGUUACGUUCCAACUUCCUCCAAAGGGCGGAAAGGAUUGUGAUUUCGGUAUCCACUCGAUCGGCUUCGAGUGUCAUUCGACUUCCAAGACGACCACCACAACCAGACCUCCUCAGACGACCACUACUAAGCCACUGACCACAACUACUACUCCGCCAGUCACCACCACCUCCUCCAAACCUGGAGAGCAGCUACCACCACCCCCAAGCACUACAACGACAACCAAAGGUGGCGACGUGCCCCCUCCUCCGCCUCCUCCUGUCACGACAACCACGACCAAGGGAGGUGAUGUGCCACCGCCUCCUCCACCAGUGACUACCACAACAUCAAAGGGCGGAGAUGUUCCCCCUCCUCCACCGCCUCCGGUCACUACAACAACCAGCAAAGGUGGCGAUGUGCCUCCACCGCCUCCAGUGACUACAACGACCAGCAAGGGUGGUGAUGUGCCUCCUCCACCACCUCCGGUGACCACUACGACGACCAAGGGAGGAGACGUACCACCUCCCCCGCCGCCACCAGUGACUACUACGACAACUAAGGGAGGUGACGUCCCGCCGCCACCGCCUCCUCCAGUGACCACUACCACCAGCAAGGGCGGCGAUGUUCCACCACCACCUCCUCCACCAGUGACCACAACGACAACCAAAGGCGGUGAUGUGCCACCUCCCCCUCCUCCACCAGUCACAACUACAACCACCAAAGGCGGAGAUGUUCCUCCUCCCCCACCACCGCCAGUUUCAACCACCACCACAACUCAACCCGGCGAGCAACCACCUCCACCACCCUUCACAUCCACCACCACUACCAGCACAACAUCCCCAGCACCACCCCCAACCACUUCACUAAGCUCAUUCACCCUCCCACCUUUCACCAGCUCAACCACCAUCGUGACCCUCACCACCACUACCAGCAGCGGCUCGUUCCCUCCACCACCGCCUCCACCAGACCACGACUCGCCAUGCCCACCAGUCCUCCCGCGCUGCCUCAACACCUGGCUCAGCCUCGUCUCCAGCUGCCGCAGCAACAGCGACCACGCAUGCUUUUGCCCCUCCGCAGACUUCAUCGCAAACGUUCAGUCCUGUGUGUCCGCAUGGUCUACGUCCGACAGCGAAAUCACCGCCGCACUGUCCUACCUCGCAGGCAUCUGCGCCGACUUUGUGCCCCAGAACCCCGGCAUCUGCACCGGCGUGCCCCCAACCAUCACGCUCGUACCCGAGACCGUGACUGCCACCGAGACCGUCACCGCUGGAAACGGCCGUGGCACCAGACCCCCCGUUGGCCCUCCCUCCGGCGGCUUCAAUAUCCCCGUCACAACCCUCACGCUGAUCCAGACCCGCGGCGGCGAGACCAUCACCACCGCAUACACGGUUCCCCAGGUCGAGUUUGUCACCACAGAGUCAACCGGCACCGCCACUGCACCGGCUGUUGGCCUCAUCCCUGCUGUACCCGCGUUGGCGACUGGCACUGGCUCUUCUGGCUCAGGUUCAGGAGCCCCAGCCGCAGGCAACGGAGCUGGCUCGCCACCCGCCGCCACCUCCACCGCCGCUGCUGCUGCGGGCGGUGCUCCCACAGGCACAGCAUCCGGCACCCGUCCUACCGCUGCCACCUUCACCGGCGCUGCGAACAGACAAAGCGUCGGAUUUGGCUUCCUCGCUGCAUUGCUGGCUGUCGCUGCGUUUGUCAUUUAG